CUUUCACCGCGUGUAAACAGCAAGAAUAUCUCCAACCAAACAUCUGCUUAUCCGAUUCUCCAAAUCCACUGUCACAAGCCUGGAAUCGGGGUCGCUUAACAAAUAUGUUGCAAGGAUAAGCAACGUCAACAAGAUCGUAAUCAGUGAACUCUCUGAGGCAAUCCUGGUCGCAAGCGCAGGUCGCAAUGGGCACAGCACGCUAUCUCACAGCGCAGAAGAUCAGUCUGCUGGUUCUGCUGCAAUUGUACUGCAGCUCUACGCUGCCAUCCUCGGCUACAAUACCCAUUCUGUCUUUCAUCAUCUCAAACACUCUCCCCCCAACUUCUUCAAGCGCCAGAUCCCAGCGCUCAUCUGCAUCUCAAGAUUCCUUUUUCCCCAUCGAUAGCUUCGAAGAAGUCCUCCAAGGUCAUGCAUCCAAUAUGCCAGGCCGCACGCUUCUGGAUAUCUUCCUCAAAAGUAUGUGGGAGAUGAACUCAUUCGAUGCCCUACACUCUCUUUUCGACAACCUCGGCGAGCUCUUGAUGAGUCCGCCAAACCCAGAAGGAGAGGUGCAAGAACGCGUAUACCUCUCGAAGACCUCUCCUUUGGGCAUCUUCGUGCGGCGGGCGCGCCUUGAGUUUGACAGGUUGAAGUUUGAGGACACGAUUGCGCUCUGGUCGUCCUUUGUCAAAUAUCGGGCACCCACAGCGAAAUGGACCAAGCGUCUCGCUGGAUUAGCUGCAAGUGGCGUUGAUGCUGUUGUCGCAGAUAUGGGCUUGCAAGAAGGUGACGACGUGUAUGAGAUUGCUUAUGGGGCUCUCAACGAACCAGAAACCGGUACGCAAGGCAUGAGUCUGGACGACCUCGACCGCAUAUUGGAGUUCCAACUCGAGCGCCUACAACGCUUCGGUGACCGAGUACCAGAGGCUAUGAGAACUCAACUUCGUGGAAUGUUUGCGUCUUCGGAUACAGUGCAUCAACAGGCACACCUGGUCAACUUCUUCGACGCCUGGAAAGCAGGGGAUUACACGACUGCAUUCGACAAUUUGCACCGCUAUUACGACUACGCCAUGCAAACACGCGAGAAAGUUCAUUACCAGUAUGCAUUACUUCAUACAGCCAUACUGCAAGCCGAUUUUGGCUGCUUCGGUGAAGCAAUCGCCGCCAUCAACGAGACAAUUGCAACUGCAAGAGAGUCUCAGGAUAUGACAUGCUUGAGCUUCAGUCUGAGUUGGCUGAGCCACAUGAACAAAGCAUAUCCCAAGCAGAUGAAAAGCGCGGGCUACAUCAGCAUGCUCGGGAGCGAGCGAGAUGCCCUGGCGUUCUUGAAAGCGAAGGCACGCGAGACGAAGAUGUACAACCUGCUAAGUGCAACGCUACUAAACGAGGCAAAGCUGAGUCUCUCAACGGGUGACUCGAUAUCUCGAGCCUUUGAACACAUCUAUCAGUCUUCACAUCUCAACAUCAGGGAAACUAUCAACCAUUACGGAAGCCAGAUAUUACUGCAGUCCACCCUGUACUCCCGUUUGGGGAUACCACACCUGGCCAAUGUGCAUUGCGAGUUGCUCCUUGACUGUCAUGGAGCCAGGUGUCCGGUUGACGAGAAGCUUCGAGCCGUAGGACGACAGGCCUUCAUCAUGAGCCAGAGUGGGCGUUAUGACGAUGCUAUCGAAGCGUUCGAGUUGAUCAACGCGGCGUCCCAGAAUAAGGCUUUGAAGUCGAAACAGUACAUCAUCCUCUGCGUUGGCAUCAUCAAACUCAAGCGUGCGAUCCGAAGGUCCGAUUGGUCAACAUGCUCUCACCUACUCGCGACACUUAAGCCUUCGACAGGCUCGUCUGCCGAUGCUCUCGAUCCCGAGCUUCAUUUCCUGCUCUCCGAAGCAUACAUCGACUUCCUCGUAUCGAAAGGAGACUACGCGGCAGCUUUCACAGCGAUCUCGAGCCUUGCGGAGUCGCUCAAGGAAGACAACGCCGACAUCUUACAACGUAUCUCCGUGCUGCUCAUGAAGGCCGACCUUUUCCGCAGAGCAGGGAAACCAGAGCACGGCUUCAGUGUCGCAUUGCGAGCUGCGAGUGUGGCAUAUAAAGCAAAGCUAAUGCCCAGCCUGUGGACUGCAGUCGGCCUGCUCGCCAAUAUCUUGAACAACCUGGGCGAAUGCGCAAGUGCUAAGCGUCUGCUUGAGGCUGUCCUGCCGCAUUCUCUCGAGAAUGGAGACAACAUGCUUUCGGGCACGCUGUACUCGCACCUUGGCGACUCAUUCAUGGGCCUAGCAGACCCGGCGAAAGCGACUGAGCCUCGACUGCAGACUAGUUACAUUGCGAAGGCUGAGCUGUACAUUGACCGAGCGAGGGAUUGCUUCAAGAAGAGCUCGUACCUCGACGGCGAAUGCGAGCAGCUCAUGAAAAAGGCGAUCAUUGCGAAGCUGAGAGGUGACGAGAAGUUGGCGGAAGAAUGGAGCCAGAAUCACAAUCGUGUUUGGGAAGAGGGUAUGAAGCGAAUCGAGCAGACCUGAGUGGCAAGGGCUGCAUUGCAAGAUGAGUGCUAGUAGCGGUAGACACGACGGACAGCAUUGCAGGCGCAAGUCAGGUACAAAAGAGAUGUAUUGCUGGUUCUACGCCUGCCACUUGCGUCCUAGUAUUUACACAUUGGGCCUGAGAGCACUUCCAAGAUACCAUGAACCAGUUAAUUGAUGGUUAUAAAAGUGUUUACUCGUCCUUCUUGUGGUAGUUGACCUUGUCGUUCCAGAAAAGGGUCUGUCGUCGCAUCA